GUGGUCUUGACAUUAGUAGUACGGAGUGUGUCGUCCCCCGUCCCUUCGACUUCUCCGCUGCUCCCCGCUGCGCAUACUUCUUCCCAUCAUGGACAAUGACACGGACUACGUAUUGCCCAUAGGGAAUCGACGCCGUCGAGAUGCGCUUGCCCGCAGGGCACCGAAUGUCAUCGUACUUCCUGCGGCAUUGUCGUCAUACGUCGUCAACUUGGUAGUGCAGGCAGACGGAGAACCGGCAUUGCAGGCUUCAAUCCUAGGACGUCUCGCGGGCUUGCUCACUCAUAACGCGGAAACCUUCGGCGACAUUCAACAACGCCAGCUUUUCGAUGCGAACGCCAACAAUACCAUUUUCCUCGCUUGGCAGUUGUUACCUGAGUAUUCUCGAUUCCGUUCCAUCGCCGUGACGUCGACGGUGUUCUGGAUUCACACAGACGUUAACCGUGCUCUUAUGCUGGCCGAGUUUCUGCUCUGGUUCAAGCGCGUCUAUUGCAGACGUGUCUCCCGCGGUCGUCAAGGACUCGUCCGAGUGGGCUAUGUGUUCGUUGCUAUGGGCAUAGUGGGCGUGCUCUUGUGCGACGAAGGUGCCGAUCUUUGCAGGAGCGUCAUCGGCCACGGGGUGCACGAGCCUUCGUCCGUCACUUUCGAGUCCCGCGUGUUCUCGGCAAUGUCUUCGGUCCUCGAUGCAACUCCGACACGGCUUCGGAAUGCCCUGGGCUAUGCGAUCACCGUUUUAUCGAGGUUUGGUGGAGAGAAUCCGCGGGCUCGCCUGUUGCGUUCAACGACUUAAAUUGCUACUACGUGUCGAUUACACUUUAAACUACAAUAUCGGUACUUCGUUCCAUUCCGAUGUCUGUCG